AUGUGGAUUAUGACCGUUGUACUUUACGAACUAUUCGCCACUUAUAACACCACUGCAAUUAUUCCACCCAUCACAUUGUGCAACUUAUCAACUGACGCGUAUUUAGCCCCAGCCUAUUGGAAUCAGACACACAUGAAUCAGUUACCAAAUCUGUCCGCAAUCUAUACCCCACUGUUUGUGACACGCAAGUUCCCCGUGGUUGAUCUCAGUGAGACCGCGUCAGCCAGUGUGAUCUCGGCUCGCAUGUUCCAACCGCUCAUGGAUCACGGACAGCGGAUUGCGUUGCACAACCUGUUGUCCAAAUUUUCCAAACUCAUGUUUCAAAAUGGUCUGGGGAAUCGAUUUUUUCUUAACGGGCCAACUCUGGUUGGUUCUCUACGUCAUCAUGAUAUGAUUCCCUGGGAGGUCGGGAUUCAUGUGUUUGUGGAUAUCGGUAUUCAAGAUACGCUCCGGGAACUAAUUGACGGACUUGGUUCACUUUAUCGAUUUGUACACGGAACCUAUCGGGAUCGAGUGUACACGCACAGUCGGAGCCUGUCGAGCACAGAGUUGGAGGAGGAGAGCGGUCAUGCGAUUGAACUGACCAAUUCCGAUUCUGAGACUCUGACAAGUCUACUCUGUUUGGAAAUAUCUUACUAUGCAGUGGGAUUUAAAGUUGUCUCCAGAAUUUCACCAAAUAUAAACGACCGUCUGGCCUGGCCAUUCGAGGUUAUUUUUCCCCUCUAUUUGAGACCGUUUGGAACACAAUGGCUUCCAACUCCCCGAGACUCGUGGGCAUUUUUGACACUGGACGGAUACAAUUUGUCCCAAUGUUCACCAAACACAUACUGGAGGAAACAUUUACUGCUAGAUCUAGACCCUGGUAUACCAUGUACUGGACUGAGCACAUUAUACCCAUUUGUACCUCUACCACGCAACCGAGUUGUUACAGGGAAGGGUUGCUGUGAGAUGCAUAUCACAAAUGAACCAUUGAUGAGACGGUCUCGUCUUGGCGAGAGAUAUGUUUGGCAUACGAUCUGUGUUGCAGUACCCUGA